AUGGCGAGCGUCACUGAGCUUCUUUCGCUUGUGAACACCGCCCGCCGGGCGGCCGAGGGAGAGCAUCCCGAAUUAGUGCAGCAGGUCCAGAGCUCUUUGAAAGACGUGGGCCGCGCGCACUUGGAGGCGGCCCGGGUUCCAGCGGAGGGCGUCGGCGAGAACAACCUUGAGCGGCUGGCUGAGCACCUCCUCGCGUUAGAGACGUUGGAAGCCGCGGGGAAGAAACAGGGUGGCCCAGCGUCUGGCUCCAAUAGCGAUAAUCGUGAGUCUGCCACGGUCGUCGAGGACCCAGUGAUCCGCGAGGGUGGCAUCAUCAUCACGCUCGCGGGCAACAUGCCGCCAAUGACCCGGAAGUCUGUCCGUCCCUGGGUUGAGUCGCAGGCCCCGCAGAAUUUGCUUUCUCGCUUGACCAAGACGAUUGCGUUGCCAGGGGGCAAGAAGGUCCGGCAAGAUUUCGAGAACGUGACGGAGUCCGAAUUAGAAGCCCUGAAGGCUGCGUUCGUGCAGAGCGGCACGGUUGCGCGGGCCCCCCCCCCCCCCGAGGAGUUCGCAAAGCGGAAGGCGUACGAGACCGAGCAUGGCGCCAACAAGCGCUCUCGAGCUUCUGCGGUGGGCAACCUGGGCCGCGCGCUCGACGUCGUGGAGUCGGUCUCGAACAGUGGGGACCAUGAGUUCAUGAGGCUCGCGAUGUCUGCGGUUGUGACUUCGCAGCGGGUCGCGGCGCAUGGGUUGCGUGAGUUGGCUGAGGACCCUCUCGCGCGGAACAGGGACAAUGAGGACAUGUGA